UUUAUCGCCCGAGAGUCCAGAGCCACCUGCCCCCAACCAAGAAAAAGAAAAAAGAGAGCCAGACGCAAAGGGGCGAGCCGGGGCGCACGCAGCAAUUCCCAUCUGCUCACCAACCCAAGUUGGACAUGGCAUCAGCUGUUACCAUCAGUUCAAUCAGCGCGCAGGCCGCUUUGGUUUCAAAACCAAGGAAUUAUGGCAGCACAAGCUACAGCGGCUUAAAGGCAUCACCAUCUUCAGUUAGCUUCGAAUCAGGAACGUCAUUCCUGGGCAAGACCGCCUCUCUCCGGGCAUCUGUCACCCCAAGGAUUGUGCCAAAGGCAAAGUCUGGGUCUCAGAUAUCGCCUCAGGCAUCUUACAAGGUGGCGGUGCUUGGUGCUGCUGGCGGCAUCGGUCAGCCGCUGGGCCUGCUGAUCAAGAUGUCUCCUCUGGUCUCGGAGCUGCGCCUGUAUGAUAUUGCCAAUGUCAAGGGCGUCGCUGCCGAUCUCAGCCACUGCAACACGCCUGCUCAGGUCAUGGACUUCACUGGCCCCGCGGAGCUAGCUGACUGCUUGAAAGGCGUGGAUGUUGUCGUCAUCCCUGCGGGUGUCCCAAGGAAGCCAGGGAUGACCCGUGAUGACCUUUUUAACAUCAAUGCGGGCAUCGUCAAGUCGCUUAUUGAGGCUGUUGCAGACAAUUGCCCUGAGGCCUUCAUCCAUAUUAUCAGCAACCCGGUCAACUCAACUGUGCCGAUUGCUGCCGAGAUUCUGAAGCAGAAGGGUGUCUACAACCCCAAGAAGCUCUUCGGGGUUUCCACCCUGGAUGUUGUCAGAGCUAACACAUUUGUAGCUCAGAAGAAGAACCUCAGCCUCAUCGAUGUUGAUGUCCCAGUUGUUGGUGGCCAUGCUGGGAUCACGAUUCUGCCUCUGUUGUCCAAGACUAGGCCUUCUGUCAGCUUCACGGACGAGGAAACUGAGCAGCUGACAAAGAGGAUACAGAACGCUGGGACAGAGGUGGUGGAGGCGAAGGCUGGUGCUGGAUCUGCUACUCUGUCCAUGGCCUAUGCUGCUGCCAGAUUUGUCGAGUCAUCACUCCGUGCAAUGGCCGGUGAUCCAGAUGUUUAUGAGUGCACGUAUGUUCAGUCUGAGUUAACAGAGCUUCCAUUCUUCGCGUCCAGAGUUAAGCUUGGGAAGGACGGUGUUGAGUCCAUCAUUUCCUCCGACCUGGAGGGAGUGACGGAGUACGAGGCCAAGGCGCUUGAGGCAUUGAAGGCUGAGCUCAAGGCCAGCAUCGAGAAGGGCAUUGAGUUCGCGCACAAGCAGGGAGCUGCUGCAUCUGUUUGAAGGGAGCAGAAGGGUGAUUCCAUCCAUAUGAAGAGAAUAAAGGCAAACUAAUUCCCCUUGUCUAGUUUUGCAGCCUAGAGUGUUGACAUGUAGGUGUAUGCCCUGGAGGAGGUAUAUUUCUCAAUUGUUGGUCAGUUUCUUAUGGUUUCAGUUUACAUGAGGGUGUGAAGCCCCGAACUUGCUCUCUGUCCAGGGGCUUUGUCAUGUAUGACACAUAAAUUUUGGUCCUGUUCCAUUGGCUUUUCUUGUAACUUGCUGAAGUUGACACACUGUGGAACAAUAAUAAAGUAGUUUCUUGAUCGUUUCUUUGAA